UAAGAGCUAUCUUAACCGAUACGAAAUCCGAUCUGAUUGAGAACUGGUAAAACUGAGUGCAAACAGACACCAAAUUGAAACCGAACGUUUCCAAUGCAAAUAGAGACGUUUAUGUUCCUGAACCAAGAAGAGAACAAAACAACCGCUACUUAGCAAAAUGAAUGCGCUCAACUCGAAUGUUACUAAAAAUUGCUCGACAUUAAAAUGCGUAGAAGCACUAGGCUGGUACAAGGAACCGACAGGAUCAAUCGCAUUUCGUCUCUCUAUCUUCUGCUUCGUCAUUCUCUGCUCGUUGAUCGGGAACUUCAUCGUGGUGAAAGCGAUUCGUGAACGACCUCACUUAAGAAAGCCGUUCCCGUACUUCGUCGUGACAAGCCUUGCGGUGGCUGAACUCAUAGGCACAAUCUGCUUGCCUUUCUUUCAAGCGUACGAUGACUUGAUGACUUGGCCUUUUGGGGACACCAUGUGUAGGUUGAUCAACGCAUUUAUGCUCAUAUCCUACUUUGUCAUUCCGUGGUCCCUCGCUACCAUUGCUUAUCUCAGAUUCCGCACCUUCUCUAAGCGUCAAAUCUUCUUUCUUUCUGGAAAGCGGAUCGUGUUUUUCAUGGGGCUGAUGUGGUUCUGUGGGUGUCUGGUUAGUGCGCCGACUUACAUCUUUGCUCUCGAGGUCAAGACCAUCUACGAUAACCAUUCCUACUGGUGCAUCGAGCUGUUCCCAGGCGACACCCUUCAUAAACACCCCUCCCUCUCCCUCAGAAGGUACUACUUUGUUCGUUUUGUACUAAACUUUGCAUUACCAGGGUUCAUCAUCGUGUUUGCCUAUGGCGGAGUUGCGUCGAAACUCAAACGGCACCUGAUCGCCUCGACUCAGCAAGCCCACAGCGACCGCGACGACGGCGAACCGGAGCCACAUACAUUGAGCACCAUCAACAACACCAGCACCUCCGAAUCCCUUGGAAAUGUAGCAUUAGGUGAAUCAGUUCCUUCUGAAGCCGAAAGCCACACCGAUAUUAGGCAAGACGAAAGAAUGAGCGGAGAUCAGCUAAAAGAGAUCGAAAACGACAUCCUUCGAAUGAUCUACAUUGUGAUUCUCAUCUACGUGGGUUGCUAUGUGCCAUACCAAGUAGUUUUCUUGAUGGAGUAUUUUGGUUCUGCUCUUCUGAAAUGGAAGUAUUACGUCAUCGCUCGCAAGUAUGUCUACCUUCUGACCUGUUUCCCCAGUGCUCUCCAUCCUGUAUGCUAUGGAACGAUGAGUAAGUUUUACGCUCAAGUGUUUUCGAGGUUGAUUUUGUGCAAGAAAGCUCGUCGUUAGAAGUUUUAUCUCGCACGACAACCGUGGUUUUGCGGUACAAACAUUUUGCCAAAAUACUAUUCAUUUCGUACUCGAAAUAUUGGUGUUAGAUUYUGUCCUUUGCUGUUGUUGCAAGGCUUGCGUUUUGUGAAACAAUAUAUCUUUUUCUCGAGGUUGCGCGCUCAUCCAAAUUUAAGAAACGUGACGUACGGGCCACGAAACCAGAACAGGAGCUUUAUAAUGACAAUUAUCAUACCUUUCUAUGAGAUUUUUUAAAAAGAAUUUAUAAAAUCGCUUGUUCUCCGUCCUCUUUAAACACACAAUUGGCUUCUCAAUUUUACUGAAUUUUGCGUUUUUCAGUUUUGUGGCCCGUCAAGAUUGGAUGCGCACGCAACCUCGAGAAAACGAUCUGUUAACGGUUUGAUUUGAAAUUGUGCUGAAAUUUCGACGUUAAAUAUGUCUUGUAGGACUUAAAAUUAUAUUUAAUGUUCGAAUUUUAUUGAUUCUACAUGAAGUAAA